AUGCAGGAGGAGCAUCAGAAUAAUACUGCUCCUUCCGAUGGAAAUGACGAAGAAUUUGACAUUGAACAAAUUACUGGAUUUUCGGCAUGCUCUAGUGUUGAAAAUUACGAGUUUUUGAAUAAUAUCGGAAGUGGAACAUUUGGAGUGGUCAGCAGAGGAAAAUGUAAAACUACAGGAGAAAUUGUUGCACUAAAACGUAUUAAAUUGAUGAAGGAUUUUACUUCUAAGGAGGGAUUUCCUUUGACUGCUCUUCGUGAAAUGAACACUUUACUUCAGAUGAGACAUGAAAAUUUAGUGUGUGCACGAGAGGUAGUUUGUGGAUCAGAUCUCAACAAAAUAUUUAUUGUGAUGGAUUAUAUGGAUCACACUCUAAAGGAUGUUAUGGAAAGAUAUCGUUUUAGCGUCAGUGAAGGAAAAAGAUUAAUGAUUCAACUCCUUUCUGGGUUGCAAUAUAUGCAUGAAGAUUGUUGGCUAAUUCAUAGAGACUUAAAAUCUUCCAAUAUUUUGCUAGAUAAUCAAGGAUGCUUAAAAAUUUGCGAUUAUGGCUUGACAAGAAAAUAUGGAUCGCCUAUUAGAGAUAAUUACACACCAGUUGUGGUCACCCUUUGGUAUAGAGCACCUGAGCUAUUACUUGGAGCAAAGAAAUAUUCCACUCCAAUUGACAUGUGGAGCGUUGGAUGUAUAUUUUAUGAAAUUAUCACAGGAGAGAUUUUAUUUACAGGAAAGGAUGAAAUUGAUCAAGUCAAAAAGAUUUUUGAGAUACUAGGAAAGCCAACUGAACAAGAAUAUCCUGGAUUUACACAAUUGCCAGCUAUUAAAAAAUUUAAGUGGCAAAUAGAUAACAUUAAGGGAAGGCCCUCAUUAAUUAAGCGUCUCAAGACUCAAUUUCAAUUAUCAGACUCUGGAUGUGAUCUGUUAAACAGGUUACUAUGCUUUGAUCCAGAUAAGAGAAUUACAGCAAAGGAGGCGUUGUCACAUUCCUUUUUCAAAGAAGCUCCUCUUCCUCAAACAAAAGAGAAUAUGCCAUCGUUCCCAUCAUUGCAAACUAUUGACAGUUCCAAACGAAAGCACUCUUCUUCGUCAGGAAGUUUUGAUCAUCCUCAACAGGUGUUUAGAUCUGAUGCUAUCGAUAUGGAAAACGAAUUCAAGCGGUUCAUGCAGGAAUAA